GAAGAGCAUCAGCAGCAAAUAGCGGUAUUUGAGGCUUGCCAGUUCAGGUUUUGAAGAAAAGGAAUUUGACGAAUAUAGCGCGUAACAAGCCAUAGCUAUUUGUACUGCUACAUGCAGUGUAUAUAUAAUUAAUAGUAUUUAUAUAUAGCUAAUUGUCUUUUCUAUUUUAGAGGGUGGUAAUUUGGCAAGCUGAAAUGACAACCCAGUUGAUGCUUUUGAUGGCCCUAUCGGUCGCAUCAAUUUUUGCCGAGUCCUCUGUUUAUUUCCGAGAACAAUUUGAAGAUGGGGAUGCCUGGAAAAGCCGAUGGGUGGAAUCCAAACAUAAGUCAGACUAUGGGACGUUUGUUCUCACUGCUGGGAAAUUCUAUGGUGAUGUAGAGAAAGACAAAGGCCUUAAAACCAGCCAGGAUGCUCGCUUUUACUCUGCAUCCUCCCGCUUUGAGUCAUUCAGCAACAAAGACCAGCCACUGGUAAUCCAGUUCACUGUGAAACAUGAACAGAACAUUGACUGUGGUGGAGGCUACAUCAAGCUGUUCCCAGCUGAUCUCAACCAGGAGGAAAUGCAUGGAGAUUCCACAUACAACAUCAUGUUUGGUCCUGACAUCUGUGGUCCAGGUACUAAGAAAGUUCAUGUGAUCUUCAACUACAAAGGCAAGAAUCACUUGAUCAACAAAGAUAUAAGAUGCAAGGAUGAUGAGUAUACCCACCUGUACACACUGGUAGUCAAUCCGGAUAACACCUAUGAGGUGAAGAUCGACAACAAGAAAGUAGAGUCUGGAAGCCUAGAGGAGGACUGGGACUUCCUUCCCCCCAAGAACAUAAAGGACCCUGAUGCUGAGAAGCCAGACGACUGGGAUGAGAAGGAGAAAAUGGAUGAUCCUGAAGACAAGAAACCAGAGGACUGGGAUGUGGCUGAGAACAUCCCUGACCCUGAUGCCAAGAAGCCUGAUGACUGGGAUGAUGAGAUGGAUGGUGAAUGGGAGCCUCCCAUGGUCACGAACCCCGACUAUAAGGGGGAGUGGAAACCCAAACAGAUUGACAAUCCUGCCUACAAGGGGAAAUGGGUGCACCCUGAAAUUGACAACCCAGACUACACUGCUGACCCUGAAAUCUACCAAUAUGCCAGCAUGGGGGUGAUUGGAUUGGAUUUGUGGCAGGUGAAGUCGGGCACUAUUUUUGACAAUUUCCUCAUCACCAAUGACCCAAAACUUGCAGAAGAAGUGGGGAACGAGACAUGGGGUGCAACAAAGGACCCUGAAAAGAAGAUGAAGGACAGUCUGGAAGAGGAGGUGAGAAAGAAACGUGAGGCAGAAGAGAUUAAUAAAAAGGAUGAGGAAGAUGAAGAAGAUAAGGAGGAGGAGGAGGAAAAAGAGGAGGAGGAGGAAGAAGACUAUGACGAGGAAGAAGAAGAAGAAGAGGACAAGGAGGAGGAAGAAACAGACUCUAAACUCAAGGAUGAGUUAUAAACUCAAACAGGAACUUCUGAAAAGAAACCCUGUCUGCUAUGAGCCAUUUGAUCAAGGCUGAAGAUUGGACUUUAUUGGACAUUCUGUUAGUCAUUGAAGCUGCCCAUUUAUGUUUGGGUGGGGAAGGUAUUGUUUUAUUUACAUGACAAGGGAAUGGGUACAAACUGACUAAGCACAGCAAUUAUUUUGUUCUGUUUCCAUGUGGUAUGGGAGUUCAGAUUUGUCAAGGUUGGAGAUGUUAGAAAGAUGUUAUCUUUAGAUUUGAGACAAGCAUUUUCUAGCAGUGGUGUUAUGCCAGCAAUUGUUUUUGAUAAGUGAAAUUUCUGGAUGUUGUCAUCUUCUCUCUGUAAACAAUGCUCUACUGCUAACACUAAAUUGUUUCUUAUUUAAGGAUAUUGACCAUCUACAAUUUCCUGACUAAUCUUUACCUCAAAUAGUGUUUUGUUUGUCUUUAAUAAUCUGACACAUUUUUGUGCCUUUACCCCAAGGAUGUAUAUAGCAUUAACAUGGAAUCUCUCAUCCCUUUUUUUCGUUUUGGACAUGGUGUGAAAGUAAUGCUUUUCCUUUUCUGCAUAUACUUUUCAGCAUAGUGCUGAGCGAUUAACUGAAAUGUCGACAAUUUUUUUGGUUCUUAAACAACUAAGAGAAGGACGUUAUUUGAAUUCCAUUUAGUUUUUUUCCUCAAUGCGCACAUUGAAGUUUCUCUAAAGAUAAAUCUGAUCCAGCCUGAACUGUAUGAUGUAGUAGGGAGUUGUAGUUUCCAACAGGCCAAUACUCUACAUAGUGCAUAGAACAUGUUUUUAAAAAAACUAAACUACAAUGACCAUAAUCCAUUGCGCAUCUACUUGUCCGGUCUGUUUAUUUUAUGCCUGCCACGGAAGAGGCAGAAGAAUGCGAGAUCGUGAGGGGAUAUAGAGAGCAGCUGUUGCUCCGCGAGGUAUAUCUACCUGAAAAUACAUUAUCUAAGUGUUAGUUGGUAUUCAGCAGUCAUAAAGGUAUGCCUUAUUUACUUUGAAUAACUACACAAUAGUUAUUUUGUGUAGAUGGCGUAUGCAGCAGCUCUGUAGAGAUGAGAAGAUGACUUGGAAUGAAAUAGUCGUCAAAUAAAACAAAUGUAAUAUGCACAA